AUGGGCAACCACACAUCGAAACCUAAGGAUGUACGAGGGCAACCUUUGACACGAUCUGAUACACUGAAUUCUGCUAAGUCUUCAAGAUCGAUUAGAUCGAGAAAAUCAUUCCUGAGAGAUGAGUCAGCGGAGCCCCAGAAAGGAGCAAAAUCUCCAAAGGUCCUUUCGAGGAAGAAUUCAUCUUCUAGUGGAACUGAAUUUCAAAGAAAUGACUUUCAGAGAAAUGAUUCCUCUAAUAAUUUGUCAGGUUCUUUUUCUAACUUGAACAUUUCAAAUAGUCAAAAUUUAAAACUUCCUCCUUCAAUGAUGCAAGUGGAACCAAUGGAGCCUAUUUUAAUACGCAGAAAUAGUGGAAACUUGGAACCACCAGCUAUGUCACCAAGAUAUCAUUCAUUUCCAUCUACAAAUUCACCAAAGUCUUCUCCUGCGACAACAUCAAAUGACACUCCAGAAUACAAUAUAAGUAGAACUUCUACGAAUAAUUCUACGUCAAAAUCAAGUUUACACAACUAUCCCCUUUCUCCACAGACAACCGGAUCAAAUUCAAUAACGAAACAGGAUGGCAACAUAUCACUAUCCCCGCAUAAUAAUUCAGAUGCAAAUUCGGUAUCUUCAAGAAGCAUAAAUGGAAGCAUUCAUAACAAUUCCGCCGGUUCCUCAAAUAAUAGUUUAAAGAGUAGCUCAAGUAAUUAUGGGGACUCUAGUAUACAAAACAAAUUUGGAACAAACGAAAUCCAGAAAGUGAGUAGCAGAACAAGUUCUAGCAAUAAUGUAAAUUCACAAAAUUCGAAUAGCAUAGACGUUGAAGACUUGAUCCAAAGACUACUUGAUGCUGGCUAUAGUGGAAAAAGAACGAAAAACAUCUGUUUAAAGAAUUUUGAGAUCCAAUCAGUAUGCGCUAGAGCUAGAGAAAUUUUUUUACUGCAACCACCUUUACUAGAAUUGUCGCCUCCUGUUAAAGUUGUGGGUGAUGUUCACGGCCAAUAUGGCGAUUUAAUAAGGAUAUUCACAAAAUGUGGAUUUCCGCCUCUGACAAAUUACUUAUUUUUAGGAGAUUACGUUGAUAGAGGAAAGCAAUCAUUAGAAACUAUUCUUUUGUUGCUAUGUUAUAAAAUUAAGUACCCCGAGAACUUUUUUGUUUUAAGGGGCAAUCAUGAAUGUGCUAACGUCACGAGGGUUUAUGGAUUUUACGAUGAAUGUAAACGAAGGUGCAAUAUUAAAACAUGGAAACUCUUUAUUGAUACUUUCAAUACUUUGCCCAUAGCUGCAAUUGUUGCUGGCAAGAUUUUUUGUGUUCAUGGUGGCUUAUCGCCUGUCUUGAAUUCUAUGGAUGAAAUAAGAAACAUCGCAAGGCCAACAGAUGUACCCGACUUUGGGUUAUUAAAUGACCUAUUGUGGUCUGAUCCUGCUGAUACCGUGAAUGAAUGGGAAGAUAACGAAAGAGGAGUGUCAUACGUGUUCUCAAAAGUCGCAAUCAACAAAUUUCUCCUGAAGUUUGGUUUUGAUCUUGUAUGUCGGGCCCAUAUGGUUGUUGAGGAUGGCUACGAAUUUUUCAAUGACAGAACUUUAGUGACGGUUUUUUCAGCUCCAAACUAUUGUGGCGAAUUUGACAACUGGGGUGCUGUUAUGAGCGUUAGUGAAGAGCUACUUUGCCUGUUUGAGCUUUUAGAUCCUUUGGACAGCUCAGCAUUGAAACAAGUGAUGAAAAAGGGAAAGCACGAAAGAAAAUCUGCGCAGUUACAACAACAAAAAUAUAUUAAUUAA